AUAUUACAAAUGAAAUGAGUUUAAGUUACAUUUAUAAUACAUUGAAAUUGAAAUUUGUACUAAAUCUUUUUGGAACUGUUUUUUACAUUUUUUUGAGAGAGAUAAGAGAUGAUAAUGUAGGGCACAUAAAAAUAAUUUAUUUAAAAGAAGUCUAGAUAAUUGGAAAUGUCUACAUUAUUCUUUUAUUUUCUGUAGCAUAUAGUAUUAGUGUCUUCGAUAAUUUUUAAUAAUGAAAAUGGAUCAAAUAGAUUAUUGCAAUAAAUAAUUCGCUUGAACAGAAUUAAUAUAUCCUGUCGCGAAAUUUAAUGUUUUUAUACCAUAUAAACCUAACAAAAUUAUCAAAUUGCAUAGUCAAUGAAAUUUCCAAUCAAUUACGAAUAUUAUGAAGUGAAUGUUUUAAUGGAACAGAAGUUGAUCGUGUGCUCCAAGCAGUGAAACUUAAUAUCAUUUGAGUUAUAUAGAAAUGGCAGAUUGAACUCGCGUUAAACGCAUUUUCCGUGAUUACUCAAGUUUAUCAAUGUGACAUUACUUUAUAGUUAAACUUUACAAUGAUUCUAUCAAUCUUUGUUUGAAAAUCACCUGGAGUUAGUAAAAAUAAUGCCUCCAAGAAUUGGUAACUUCUUUCUCUUUGUUUUAAAAUUUUACAAUGUAUUCAUAUAAUCUCUUUAAUAAUAAUUACAUUUUACCUGGCAACAGUUAAGCGUAUAAAAUCUUCUGUAAAAAGUAUCUUGUUAACAUAGAAACAAUGAUACAAUUUAUUAUUCAUUAUCGUCAACGUUGAUGUAUGAUACUUUUAUCUUCCAUCUCAUAUCACGUUGUUUCGUAAUUUAUUGAUGCUUCGUGCUCGUAUAUAUUUUUCGACAAUAUAGGGCAGACAAUUUUAGGGAGUGGCAUUAACUUCUUCGUCGCUCUUCCAAGCUUUCUUCACAGGCAAAUUUGGCCGGGUCAACUGCAGAAUAGAGAUAGAUUUAUAGGGAAUGGUUCAAUUUUGUUUCGUUUUGCUUGCCUAAUUUUAGAAUAUUGUACGAUACAUUUUUAUAUGAUAGCGUGUUGCAAUAUAUAGACCUAGAAGUCAAUAAUGUGCUAAAUUUACUGGCUGACUUCUACCUAGAAACGACUUUCAAAGCAAAUUUCAACAUUUUUUUAAAGAACAAUUAUGGAAUAUGAAAAAUUAAGAUUUUACAUACAUAGAUUUUAUAACGACGAAACAGUCAAAUUGUUUACAUAACUGACCCAAAUUUCACUUAUUAUUACACACUUUUGUCUUAAAAAUAAGUAUUAAAUUUUUGAAAUAAAAAAAUUAUUUUGAAUUGCUCUAAAAAUCUUAUUGUUUCUUUUUUUGAAAAAAGAAAAGCUUUAGAUUUUUAUUGAAGAUUGAUAUCAAUAACAUAGGAACAUUUUUCAUGCAAGUGAAAGUUACAUAUCAUUUUUAAGAUAUGCUAUUAGAAAAAACACAUAUUUUUGUAAAAAUUAUUUAACAUUACAAGAGCAAACAAUAAAAAAUAUAUAAUAUUAAAAAAUUUCUUAUAAUUAGGUUAUAGAAAAAGACAACUUUCUCGAACAUCUAUUACUGAUUGUAAGUAAAUUGUUCAUUAAAAAAUCUAGUCUGUUUGAAUAUAUUUAUAGCUGCGCUCUGUCUAUGAUAGUUGUCUCUAAUGGUUAACAUUUGAACUUUGGGACAGAAAAUUUUUCAUUACCGAUAGAAUUUUCAAUACAGUAUAAAAUGUUUCACUAAAUAUUUGGACUAUGAAAAAGAGAGAACAACUUUAAUAGUUUAAAGUUCACAAGUUAUUUGAAAGGAAAGGAUUAAAUAAAAAAUUUUUUUUGUUAUUAUUUUGUAUAUGUGCAUUUAAGCGUCUGUUCAAUAACUCAUCGAAUAACACAUUUUUAAAAUCAAUUUUAUAUUAUUCAAUAGUUUUUUUUAUCCAAGAAGUAGUAGAAUAUUAGAACAGACUAUUUUCAGCUUUUUUUUGCGUCACUCGCAACUUAUGGAUACUGGCAAACAAUACAUACAAGCUGUGAAUUUUAUCUUUUCUUAGUUGUCUUAGUAAAUUACGCCUGCGUUCGUCCAUUACGAUUCGUAUUUUUUGUUUAUUACACGUUUAUACAGUCCACUCAAAACAAAAUCAAAAUAACACUCUAUCUUGCAGAGGGUUUUUAAAAAAGUGAAUAUUUCGAACCGGAUCUCUUAUUGUUUGCCAUGAACACGAGACGCAUUGCAGUUUGUCAUCAUGGGGUGAUGAUGACGACCUCUCAGAAAUAGAUCAAGAUUAAGUAUUUGGAUGGCUUGCAAACGAAAGCGAAAAAAGCUUGAGUUACGACGUACCUGAGGAAAGUUAUUCGAAACCGUGUACCACUACGCCAUUCAGCAUGGCGUAGCGGCGAAACUAAUGAAUUCAAAUAUCAGUACAUAGACAAGCACUUUGACGAGAGUAGCCAUGCGGUAGCAUGGACUAAGUGAGAGUUUAGAGCAUUAGUUUGAUAAAUUUCGGCUUCGAAUCGGAGCGAAGGUGGAUUAAGCACCAUCUGAAGAACAGCCCUGGCAUCCAUGGUGGUGAAUCCCGGCGAUGAUCGGGUACAAUCAACACAAUUCUGGCUACAACAAGCUAUUCACUCAGGGCUCGGCGGACUCAAACUACUCGCAGCCGAGCUCGGAUCUUUCGCUGGACGAGGAGAAAGAGAGCUUGCGACGCGAGAAGGAGAGGCAGGCCCUCAAUCAACUCGAAAAAGCCAGAACGAAGCCGGUAGCGUUUGCAGUGCGGACUAACGUGAGCUAUGACGGAUCCGUCGACGAUGACUCACCUGUCCACGGUUCGGCCGUCAGCUUUGACGUCCGUGACUUUCUUCACAUCAAGGAGAAGUACGAUAACAAUUGGUGGAUCGGCAGGCUCGUGAAAGAGAAUUGCGACGUGGGCUUCAUCCCGUCACCUGUGAAGCUGGAGGCCUUAAGGUUACAGGCGAGCGCCGCGCGUGGCACGAAGGGCCUCUACUCGACGCGAGGAGGGUCUUCAGGGAACCUUGGCGAGAGUGGUAUGCCCUCACGUGGUUCCACACCACCUACGCCAGGUGACGAUAGCGACAGUGUCGGGAACGUACGACCCGGCAAGGCGACCCUGACGACCCCACCUGCUAAGGAGAAGCGAAAGAACUUCUUCAAGAAGCCGUCCUACGAGACGACGACCCCCUACGACGUAGUACCUUCCAUGAGGCCCGUGGUGCUGGUCGGACCAUCGCUCAAGGGUUACCAAGUGACGGAUAUGAUGCAGAAAGCGCUCUUCGAUUUUCUCAAACAUCGCUUCGAAGGCAGAAUUAUUAUCACAAGGGUAAUGGCGGAUAUAUCGUUAGCGAAGAGAUCCAUGUUGAACAAUCCAACUAAAAGAGCAAUCAUGGAACGGACGACCAGCAAGAGUAGCUGUUUAGCGGAAGUUCAGCAAGAAAUUGAAAGGAUUUUUGAACUUGCUAGAACUCUUCAGCUGGUUGUUUUGGACUGCGACACUGUAAAUCAUCCGGCGCAAUUGGCGAAAACUAGUCUGGCGCCCACGAUCGUUUACUUGAAGAUUUCUUCGCCGAAGGUUCUGCAGAGGUUGAUCAAGACCCGAGGAAAGUCGCAGAUUCGUCACCUUAACGUACAAAUGGUGGCCGCGGAAAAGCUGGCGCAGGCUCCGCCAGAGAUGUUCGAUGUCAUCCUGGACGAAAAUCAAUUAGAGGAGGCAUGCGAACAUGUGGCCGAGUACCUGGAGGCUUACUGGAGGGCGACGCAUCCACCCGACUUUUCUACGGUGCCACGCGUCAUGCCUCCACCCGAUGCACCAGCGGACACGUACCCGCAACGCGUGCCAUCAGGUGCCCCUCAUGAGCCUUACUAUCGAAGAGGAGCGAGAGAUGUCAGCGACGGAUCGAGAAGAUCGCGGCUAGAGCGGAUGGAUCGUGAUCGGAGCGAUCGCAUGGAUCACGAUUACGACGAGGAGGAACGCGUCGAUUACGGUAGUGCCUCGAGACGUCGCCAGCAGCAGGACUCGCGCGCUCUUAAUGCUAUUUAGGAGCUGGGGCCCCGGGGCCUGUCGCUUCAGCGCUGUCCCCACCUGCGCACCACCGCCCUUUAGCGGGCUCGCCUCCCGGUAACGUUACCGAAUGCUAGGAAGUGCGCAACGCUACCUCGCGAUAAAAUCGCUGCGCUCUGUUAGUGGGGCUGUUUCCUGUCGCGCUACUCUACGCUAAGAAAGAAAAGAAAAAUACAGAAAUCCAGAUCGGCUGACAGCACACACGCCACCAAUGAGUCUAAAAAGGAAAAAAAAAGAUGCUACCAUAUAUCGAUUCUAUCCGGACGCACCUCGACGAUCUCGAAACCGUCGACGAUUCAUCUCCGCGUACCUGUUCAACCGAGAAACCUCGCUACCAAUACGCCACCAGUCGCCAGCAGCGUGCACAUUAAUCCCGGAAAACAUUUUGCGCUCGCAGUUUUAUUCGCGCUGUCUACAAGCAGAAGCAUAAGUCGCAAUGCAAGAUUUUAUUGUUAUUUAAUUAGAGAACAUGAUUUUAAUUGCGAUGUAACUCAACGUUGGAAAAUUUUUUGAACAUGCGUCCUUAUCUUCCGAGAAAUCUUUCUUGCAUCUACGAUAAUACACUAUUAUAUUAUACGCUGCUAUUAUUCCUUUUUACACUGCUAAUAGUUUAAUAACAUUCGCGAUUAACUUACUUGUAUAAUUAUACUUUAUUAAUAAUGGAUUAACAAUGACGGUUUUGAUCAUAAAGCAAUGAAACCUCUUCUAUUUCUCUUCUUCUUCUUCUUCUUCUUCUUCUUCUUCUUCUUCUUCUUCUUCUGAUAUGCUAUUGUCAUCGGUAGCAUGCACAUGUGAUUAUUAAGAUAUCUCUAUUUCGUUAAUAUCUAAAUCUCUUAUCGUCGAACUGCAAAAAAUCGAAAGCAAAAAGCGCUGUUCUUGGGUAUUGCUGGAUGAAUUUCAUAAGCACAUUACAAAUUUCACAAUUCGCACACAUUAUCUAUGUACAGAAACAUAUCUUCAUCUUCGUACGUCGCGUUAUCGUUCGAUUAAUCCUCCGAUCAAUGUCACGAACGCGUAUCACUCUGACGAUGCCACCCACAAUUGCAGAGUUAUGCCAUUCAUCGAUCAUACCAACUACCGAACUAUUCUCACGCACAAAUACCAUCGAGAUGUACUUGCCUGAAUGACGUAUAUGCUUAAGAGCUCUUCUGUGUUAUGUAUACAGGGAACACGUCAACCGCUCAUUAUAACGAUUAAGCGUACUAUGCCAAACGUAUCAAAUGCUCACCGUAAUAAUUGCUGGCCAUGACAAAAUGCACGCAUCGUUUCGAGAUGCACGUUACAUCUUUUAUGAUACUUUAUACGAAAGAAAGAUAUUGUUGUGAAAUAAUCCUGUGAAAGAAAAUACACACACACACACACACACACAUCCGAUUACAUUUGGUAAUCCUCGUGAAAUACGCUAUUCAAAGUCGUUCAUACGUUCAACCAAAUCGACACUGCAUUCUUCAUGCAAAGUAUUGCAGAACUUACUCUCGAACCUCUUUUAAAAGUCUUACAUAUGUACAAUUAAGAAGAAAUAAUUUGACAAAUUAUCUGAAUAAUUUCAAUUUUAUUUUUAUUUUCAUAAUUUCUAUACAAUAUCAAAUCAUUAGAUAUUUGCUAAAAGAAAUUCCAAUUAAUUAUCUUUAAUUGAAAAUUUUCAUAUGCACACACAUAUAUAUACAUAUUCUACACAUCUAUAUCUUGGAUGGACUCUACUUACGAACACGAAUUAUUUGCCAAACUAAAAGUAUUGCGAUAAGGGGAUGGAUUUCUUUCAAUAUUUACGUGUGAUUUUUCAAUUAGCGUAUUUUUACCGCGAACGCUUAGUUAAGGGUUCGAGCGUAGUUUUCAUGAUAAUCCUUUAAACAAACGAUUAUCUUAACAGAAGUUCUAGCCGAUUCGAAAUAAUCUUCCGGUGUCCUUGUCCAUUGCAGUAUAUGCAGGACAAAUUCCCCAUUCGUGGAAUCAGCUCAACGACACUAGUAGACGCGCGAGACAAUCGCGUGGGACGAGGAGACCAAGAUAGAAAGUGCACUCGAAAUAGAGUGAAAAGAGCCCUGGGGCCUUAAAUCCCUGCACCGAUUCCUCUCGGGCCCCAAAACCAAAUCUUUAUGUCGAAUCGGCGAUCGGCGAUCGACGCGAUAAUCUAAUAUUUCUUAUUAUCGAGAAUUGAUAUCUAUGAAGCACGAAGAUUUGACUUCUCUCAUAGAGCUUAAUUAUAAGGAAAUGAUAAUGACCAUUAUAAUUCCAAUUGAAGAAAAUUAAUGAUCGUCUAGAGAAAUGGCCUAUGAUCAGUUGAGGGCAACUAAUUUUAUUAAUAGCUAAAUCAGUUAAUAAUCAAGGGAGCUUUAAUAAAAUUUCGCAGCUGAUCAUAGAUACUUUAAUUUGAUCGUCGAUCGUGUAGUCGCCGUAAUUUUACGAUCGCUGAUGAGCGAUUCGCGAUGGACACAGCUCGGCAAUCUCGAAUUUGAUCGUAGAAAUUGGAACCCGUCGUCGACCGCGACGACGGAUGUUAGCUAAUGAAGCGAUUUUAAGCGAUCGAUGUAGUGACACUUACCAUCGAUCACGUAAUUAAACUAGACAAACUAAUGUAGGAGCGAGACGUUAUGGAGAAGUUUUUAAUUUAUGAGACGACAACGCGGCUCGAAAUUAGAAGAUAUCGAUGCGCUGAAUCCUAUGAAAGUUUUCGAUUUUGAUCAGGUGCGUCAACGAGGCAUCAUAGGCAUCACAGGCGUGCUAGCCGGUCUAUGAUGCGUUUAUACGUUUUGUUGAAGCAAAAGUACACGUGAUACACACGUACAUUGCACACCAAAGAAAGCGCUUUGUGUACAUAGUAUACAUUGUAUAUACAUACAAAUUGUACACACAGUGACAAUUCCAUCUAUAUCACUCGACAAAUUUUAAUCGAGAUAAGAGAAGAUUAAAUAAGAUAUUCAGCAGAGAUGUGAAUAAAAACUAUUUGGCUUUUCUAUGGAUAAUUAUAGACUGAAAUUAUAAGUAUAAUUUAAAAUAUGUAUAUUAUAGUGUACUUAUAUUUUUCAAUAUGUACAUUGUACAUAUAAUUCUCUCGCUCACUAUCGGCUUGAUAUUUACUAAAUCGUAAAACAUUUAAUUGAGACAAUUCUGAAAAUCUAUUUUCCAAUUAUUUCGUGCGACAAACUUCGCAUAUUUUUAUUCACAUUUCGCACCAAUGGCGUUAUGUAAAUACUGUAAGAAGCCUUCGAUGAGUGCCGUUCAAGUUUUCACUCAUGCAGCGUCGUUACGCUAUGAAUCGGCAUUUAGCUAAAAAGUACUGGUAAUUAAAUUUUUAAUUUUAAUUUAUGCUAAAAAAAUAAUGAAGAAUAUUUAUUAUGUCACGGGAACAUUUUAGCACGUGACAUUGCUCAUCGCAGCUAUCUCGUCGAUUCUAAUACGUGAAGCGAUCCGACCGACUGUGGUAAAAAAAAAAAAAAAAAUAGAGAGAAAAA